UUGAUGUGUGUUUAUCUCAUCACAAUCUAAUUCGUUGAAAAGUAAUCAAAAUACGCGACAGCUAAUUACAAAAAUCUGUAAAUAUUAUACUUUUAUUGUGAAUGAUAUAAUAACUUUUGGCCACCAUGAAACUCGUGCUUACAAAAUCAUUGCAAUGUUUUAUGCUGUUGCUGUUGCUUAGUUUUGUUUUAUGUGAAAACAAAUACUCUAAAAAUGCUAAUGAAAAGCAGAAGAACAAAAAGGUUGAUUUUAGAACUUUAGAGAAGCCGUUCAGAAUGAACAAGCUUAAUAUUUUGUGGACGAAAGCCAAGCAGCGCUUAAGCGAGCCGAAACUGCAAUCACUGUAUAGUGAUUUGAUGAUACACGACAAAGAAGAAGUGACGUAUAAACGGGUGAAGAGCGAAGGGGGUGACAAGGAGGGGUUGAAGGAGGCGGAGCUGCGGCGGAAGCUCACCAACAUCAUGACCGUUUAUGGGCUUCGGGAACACUUUGACGACCACACAGGAGGCAAGGUCAAGGACCAUCCAGCUCACAACUCUGCAUUGGAUGACCAUAUCAAUAGGAGCAUUUUCAAAGACAAGAAGUUGAACAUGCUCUGGUCAAAGGCCGAGGCCUCAGGAUUCACCAGCGAAGAGCUUGCUGCUCUGAAAGAGGAGUUCACCCACCACCAGGAGAAGAUAGACCAAUAUUAUGAGCUGCUCAAUAAUGUUGAUAAUAUUAAGAGUGAUGGUUUUAAAAAUGCUGUCAAUGAGGAAGAAUUGGACAAAUUCAAUGAAAUUAAUUACCAGGCAAAAAACAAUGAAAUUGGCCAGAAGGAUUAUCUUGACGCAGCUAAUUUAGUAAGAGACAAACACAGAGGCUUGAGGGACGGAUAUGACAGGCUUCAGAGGAUGACAGCCAGAGGUCCUAAUAACAAAGAAUUUAUUGAGCCUAAAGUUCAAGGACUAUGGAAAAUAGCUACAGCUGCCAACUUCACUGUAGAUGAACUUGAAUCUUUGAAGGUCGAGCUGCAGCACUACGAGUCCAGGCUGCUGAAACUGCGCCACAUCCAAGCAGACCACGUUAACAACUUCGAUAAGCAUCACAGCAAGAUAGCGGCGGCUGGCGAUAAGGUGGACCACUUCGAGGAGCAGCAGCAGAUGAUCAAGAAGCACUCUCGUAAGGUGGAGAAGCUGCACCAAGACCUCGAGAGCAGGAUCCUCGCGAGGCACUCAGAGUUAUAAGUUAUCAUUUCUAGUACAUAAGUAUUGUCUGUUGUAUCUACUCGGGGACAUUAUGAACCCAAUAAUCCACAUGGAAGAGCCUAACGGCCUAUUAGAUUCGUUAAAAUAACAGGUCGUGACUUUGCCAGCAUAUGCUGUCAAGAGUACAUUUACGCUUGAACCUUUACUUGCUCCAGUUACUAGAGAUUACAGAUAGAGCGGGUUGCUCUCGCUGGAACAUGUUUCUCUCUUGUUCUUCUAUGAUGAAGUGCUCUAAUGCCAAUAUGCGCCGUAUGCAGGAGCAGGAGCAAAUGUAAUGUGAAUAUGUAGUAACAAAAUCUAUAGAGUAAGACCAAGAUAUGCAACGAUUUUAAUAGCACUCGCAGUCCAAGUGAAUUUAACCUUUUGGCCGCCGGACCUAGUCCGCAAAGACGCUCACUCACACGCCAGAGCAAAUUUUAAGUAAACAACUAAUAAAAAGUUUAGGGAUUGCAAAUAGUGAUAUCGAUAUUUACAAUAUUAUGGUAAAAAUCUUUUUAAUUUAGCUUUGUUCUUAUCCUGUUUUAAUUUCAUUCCAAAUUGCCAAAAUUAAACAUAUGUUUUACACCCGAAAAUGUUUAAAAUAUAGGGAUUUAACAUAAAAAACAACCACUAAACAAUGUCGAUUCAAGACGUGAUAUCGCCGCACUAGGCUGUACGAGAAGUCUUUUAUACAAGACAACGGCGCCCAUGGACUGCCCGCAAUGCAGACCGACAAGGACUGUUUCCGCGCGGAUCAAGUAAUAAUAGUCUCUAGGUCAACGGCGUAAGCGCUUGUCGGUACGUAAACUUUAUUGGCGUAACGUUAACCUUUUGGCCGCCGGACCUAGUCCGCAAAGACGCUCACUCACACGCCAGAGCAAAUUUUAAGUAAACAACUAAUAAAAAGUUUAGGGAUUGCAAAUAGUGAUAUCGAUAUUUACAAUUUAUGGUAAAAAUCUUUUUAAUUUAGCUUUGUCCUUAUCCUGUUUUAAUUUAAUUCCAAAUUGCCAAAAUUAAACAUAUGUUUUACACCCGAAAAUGUUUAAAAUAUAGGGAUUUAACAUAAAAAACAACCACUAAACAAUGUCGAUUCAAGACGUGAUAUCGCCGCACUAGGCUGUACGAGAAGUCUUUUAUACAAGACAACGGCGCGCAUGGACUGCCCGCAGUGCAGAUCGACAAGGACUGUUUCCGCGCGGAUCAAGUAAUAAUAGUCUCUAGGUCAACGGCGUAAGCGCUUGUCGGUACGUAAACUUUAUUGGCGUAACGUUAAAGCUGCGCAUCAUGUGUCGAUAAAGUCAAUAUACCGGAACUGUUUUAGUGAAAAUUACACGUGGGUUGAAUUUUUAAUGAGUGAAGAUAUUAUUCCGGAAUUAGAAUCUAUAAUUAAAUUUCAGUUUGGUUUACAUUAAUAUAGGUAAACUCUUAUCAAAAAAACGUUCAACGACUUGUUAUAAAAAAAUUACACAUUAACUUCAAUGUUAUAACAAAAAACUAAAGUCUGAUAAACAGGUAUGUCCCUGUACCACUCUUGUGCGAAGCGGUCGCUGCGGUGUAUCCCUUCCCACUAAGCUAUAAAAGAACAUCAAUUAUUUUUUUUAUUUAUCUCUUCUGCAAUUAAAUAGUCCACAAUCUACAAGGGCAAAUUUACUUGUCUGACUCUAGUUUAUAGAACUAAAGAAGCUGCCUGAACUUUAAAUAUAGUUAUGCCUAUCUGACUCUCGUUCUACGUAUUCUAGUACUCGUAAGUAGUUAUACCUACUACUCGUUGAAAAAAAUUGGCGAUUAACAAGUGUUCAAAUAUUUAGAUAAAAACAUAUUUCUGACUUUAUAUUUACUUUAAAAAUUCCCAUAUCGAGUUACCAUUCCCAUCCCUAGCUGUCUUUUAUACAAGACAACGGCGACGAGGAACAUGAAAAAUUUUGAAAAUUGGAGCAAUUUUUUUAAAUGCCUUAUUAUAAAAGAAGGGAUUUAUAUAGCGGCUUAAAAAGCAAAUAAAUGAAAAAAACAAAGACCUUAAAUAUGAACACGAGUGUAAAUGAAAUUGCAAUUGUUAUUAUUUUCCCAUUAACUCAGUGGUUGAAUUUGUGUCUUGUAUACAAGACGACGGCGCCAGCGUAUCGUUCUAUCGUUGUCUUCUAUACCGGACAACGGCGGUCAAAGGGUUAAAGCUGCGCAUCAUGUGUCGAUAAAGUCAAUAUACCGGAACUGUUUUAGUGAAAAUUACACGUGGGUUGAAUUUUUAAUGAGUGAAGAUAUUAUUCCGGAAUUAGAAUCUAUCAUUAUAAUUUCAGUUUGGUUUACAUUAAUCUAUAGGUAAACUCUUAUCAAAAAAACGUUCAACGACUUGUUACAAAAAAAUUACACAUUAACUUCAAUGUUAUAACAAUAAAAGUAAAGUCUGAUAAACAGGUAUGUCCCUGUACCACACUUGUGCGAAGCGGUCGCUGCGGUGUAUCCCUUCCCACUAAGCUAUAAAAUAACAUCGAUUAUUUUUUUUAUUUAUCUCUUCUGCAAUUAAAUAGUCCACAAUCUACAAUGGCAAAUUUACUUGUCUGACUCUACUUUAUAGAGCUAAAGAAGCUACCUGAACUUUAAAUAUAGUUAUGCCUAUCUGACUUUCGUUCUACGUAUUCUAGUAAGUAGUUACCUACUAUUCGUUGAAAAAAAUUGGCGAUUAACAAGUGUUCAAAUACUUAGAUAAAAUCAUAUUUCUGACUUUAUAUUUACUUUAAAAAUUCCCAUAUCGAGUUAACAUUCCCAUCCCUAGCUGUCUUUUAUACAAGACAACGGCGACGAGGAACAUGAAAAAUGUUGAAAAUUGGAGCAAUUUUUUUAAAUGCCUUAUUAUAAAAGAAGGGAUUUAUAUAGCGGCUUAAAAAGCAAAUAAAUGAAAAAACAAAGACCUUAAAUAUGAACACGAGUGUAAAUGAAAUUGCAAUUUUUAUUAUUUUCACAUUAACUCAGUGGUUGAAUUUGUGUCUUGUAUACAAGACGACGGCGCCAGCGUAUCGUUCUAUCGUUGUCUUCUAUACCGGACAACGGCGGUCAAAGGGUUAAACGUCAAACUUCUAUUAAAUGAUGACGUAUAAAUAACACUUGCACUGCCUGUGCUCUCAAACUAGUUACCGACACAAUUUUACAGGCCGAAUAUUGUAGUGCCAAAAAUUAUUAUGACAUGCUGCCAUACAUAAAAAUAAUUAAAUAUCUUAAAGAACCUUAACUAUAAGGUUCGUUAUGAACAAAAACAGUGCAGGCAUAUUAAUUAUUUUGAUUUUAUGGUAGCACAGUCAUUUUGUUACAAGUGCUAGGCAGCUUUUGCUAAAUGUUAACUAAUAAAUGUACGUAAAUAAGAAUCUCUCUGUAUAUAAUUAAAUUAUCGAAUAAAUCUGUAUAUUUCAUA